CCCAGGAAGCCCUUGCACAUCGUGAACUCUACUAGCACUGGCUGUCGGGUGUUGUGUGUGCAGAGCGCCUGGGAGCUUCGAGCUUUUACGCCACGUUAUCAUCAUGUGGACACAGCCACUGAGAUGUUUAGUCCGGCCCCUGUGCCAACGUGUGAGCGUGACUCUGAGAGGGCAACACUCUGCUGCAGCGCGGUCGCCUGAUCAUGAUCGGCCCUGGACCGGGCAGGACAGCCUGGCACAGGAUGAUCCCGAGAUGUGGGACCUCCUGCGGAAAGAGAAGGACCGACAGUGUCGUGGGCUGGAGCUCAUUGCUUCGGAGAACUUCUGCAGCCGUGCAGCACUCGAGGCCCAGGGCUCCUGCCUCAAUAAUAAGUACUCAGAAGGCUACCCAGGAAAGAGGUAUUACGGCGGUGCGGAGGUAGUAGAUCAGAUCGAGCUGCUGUGUCAGAAGCGCGCUCUGGAUGCUUUCGAUCUGGACCCGGCACUCUGGGGAGUUAACGUUCAGCCGUACUCAGGCUCGCCGGCUAACUUCGCCGCCUACACGGCCGUGCUGAAGCCCCACGAUCGUAUCAUGGGUCUAGACCUACCUGAUGGAGGACACCUUACACAUGGCUACAUGUCUGAUGUGAAGCGGAUCUCUGCUACUUCCAUCUACUUUGAGUCUAUGCCCUACAAACUCAAUCCUAAAACAGGUCUGAUAGACUACGACCAGAUGGAGCUGACUGCGAAGCUGUUUCGGCCCCGGCUGAUCAUCGCUGGCACCAGUGCUUAUGCCCGCCUCAUCGACUAUGCUCGCAUCAAGAAGCUGUGUACAGAGUUAAAUGCGUACCUGCUGGCAGACAUGGCCCACAUUAGUGGCCUCGUGGCUGCUAAAGCUGUUCCCUCUCCAUUUGAGCACGCUGACCUCGUCACCACAACCACACACAAAUCCCUCAGAGGAGCCAGAGCUGGGCUGAUAUUCUACCGUAAGGGCGUGCGCUCUGUGGAUAAGAAAGGUGCUCAGGUGACGUAUGACCUUGAGGACAAGGUCAACUUUUCAGUCUUCCCCUCUCUCCAGGGAGGUCCUCACAAUCACGCUAUCGCUGGGGUUGCUGUGGCUCUGCGACAGGCCACCACUCCAAUGUUUAGAGAAUAUAUUGCACAGGUGAUGAAGAACGCUAAAGCCAUGGCUGAGGCAUUGCUGAAAAAAGGAUACACUCUUGUGUCAGGUGGGACUGAUAAUCACCUGGUGCUGGUUGAUUUGAGACCACAGGGAAUGGAUGGAGCACGUGCUGAAAGGGUUUUGGAGCUGGUCUCCAUUACAGCCAAUAAAAACACCUGCCCUGGUGACAAGAGCGCACUCACACCCGGAGGCCUACGACUGGGUGCUCCGGCUCUGACCUCUCGGCAGUUUAAAGAGGCAGACUUCGAGCGUGUUGUGGACUUCUUGGACGAAGGCUUCAAAAUCGCUCUGGACGUCAAGAAAAAGACCAAGAAAUUAGCGGAGUUUAAGAGCUUCCUGCUGGAGGAUCCUGAGACUGUUGCGCGGAUCGGUGAGCUGCGCAGUCGGGUGGAGGCAUUCGCUCGGCCUUUCCCCAUGCCAGGCUUCUCCGACCACUAAAACAGUCGAGACCGAGAAAACGGGUGAAGCUCCACAUCCGUCUAGGAGCCGUUCAGCUCUUCACAGCAGAGUAAACCAUGAGAAAUGUGUCGGUAUUGGGAUAAAACUUUUUUUCAAUUUUAUAUGAGCCUUUUGUUUAUUUCAGGCACCUUGUCGGUAAAACACAAAGAGGAAAUGUUUCGCAGUGCUGCUUGAGUACCUUUUAUCGCUACACGGUAUUCUUCUGAAUCUUAAGAACAAAAUGUCUUCUUUUUUUUUUUUUUUUUUUUUUUUUUUUUAACUAAAACUUAAAAGUCUUAAUGAGCCCAGUAAUUCAAACAGACUAUCUACUAAUAGUUGUCUUCACAUUGCAGCUCUUUUGUGAUGUAUAACAAGAACUGGUGUGUGCAGGCGUGGGGGUGUGUGUGAUUAUUCAUGCAUUGAGAAGCCCACACAUUUUGAUUUUCAUUUUUAAGUGACGAAUCAAAGGCCUGAAAAUGCUCAGACUUAAAUGCAAACUCGAGUUGAACAGGAAGUAAAGAUCAUACUGUCCAAAGUUAUUCAGUGGCAGUCUGAGCUGGGGAACACAAGAUAGAUGGCUGUAGUUAUAUAUCUCUCUGAUAGUUUUAAUCCUGGCUGAAACUCCAGCUGGAGCAACCGAUACGUAGCUUCUGUUCAUUUUGAUAUAACUUAACAAGACUUGCACAAAUCCCGAUGGAUCCUUGUGUUGCACAGACACCCGAUUUUUACAGAUCACGCUUAAUCGUUCUUAAACUGCGGAGUAAAUAACAGCCACAAAUCUCUAUAUGCAUCAGCAUGGACCAUUUUCUGUCUCAAGCUAACUACCGCUGCUGUCAAAACAAAAAGUUCUACUUAAUCAUUUAAAUGCAAUAUGUUUUAUUAUAACAUACAGAGUCUAAUAUUACAGAACGUCUGGAGUCGUAGCUCAUGGGUGGGUGGGGUCAAGUAGUGCCAAGUUCUUUUAACCUUGCAGUUUUGCCAAAUAUGCACAGAUUAUAACCUUUCCUUGUGAACUAAAGCGGUUAUAAUGGGACAAACUUGUAUAAAUGUGAUAAACUGUCUUGUACUUGUCUCGUCUUUGCCCUGUUUACAUGACUCAUUCUCCGGCACUCUGUUCAUCAAACCUUUUUAUCUGUAAAGUUUUUUUAAGUAGACAUUUCCAAAGUGAUUUUAUAAAAACUAAUCCCAAUAAAUUUGUGCAUUAACUAAA